UCCCUGAUAACAACAUCUGGUAUCCCAGGCAAUCCGGACGCCCCAAGCGGUCUUCCUGGACGCUGCACAGGGAGUACCGGGUGAUCCUCACGUUCAAAGAGCCAAUAUGAUGUCGGCAAUGAGUGGUGGAGUUUUCACGGCAAUCGCUUCCUCGCACCUCAGUGGUGCCCAACCUAUCAUCGGUCGAAACACAUGCAUUCGUUCUCCUCCACCAGGGUUUACUGCUGAGCCUUUGCCUCCAUCCAAAAUCUCCACUACCUGGUAUUACGGUGUUCGUGUCGGCGCUGCGUUCGAUGAACAUGAAACACGUCGGAGCACAAUGACUAGUCAACAAUAUGAGAUAUGGAGACGAUGGGAGGACUUACUUGAAUUACAGCAUCUGCUUGGAAUCGAGUACGAGAGCUUGGCGUUGUUAAAGAUUCAACUAAUUUCCAAGGAAUCUAAAUCCUCCUCCCCUUCAACCCGCGCUGCCUCCUUUGACUCCCUUCCCUCUUAUUCCGAUCCUCCCAUCGUGCAAACUGAUCUACAUCAUCACGUCCCUAAGCUUUCCAAAAAGUCCAAUAUCUUCCGAAACAACUCAAAUCUCGUCGGUGUCCGCGCGAAGCAAUUCUCCUCUUUCCUAACCGCUGUGUUUGGUAGUAAAGAUGAGCUGAUCGUCAUCGCACGAAGUUGUCAACAAGUGUGCGAAUGGUUUGGGUGGUGGAAACAGGACGACGAUGCAUGGUCGAAGCUAGCAUUCUCCCAUCGGCGCAAGAGAGACGGACAUCUACCCCGCAAUCCGACCAUUUCUAAUCCUGAGGACUCGCACGAGCGUGGUGCCAUCAAGCCUCGGGCUGGAUCCUUGAAUGAGAUCGCAGUAAACCCCAAACUUCCACGCCCCAACAGUGAGAAGAUAAACUCCGAUGCAACUAUACCCUCACCGAAGACAAGCACUUGGAAGGAGAUCACAUUCAUUCCCGCUGCAGCCUUCCCAAUGUCACGUUCAGCGGGCGCUCCGACACCUUCCGGUUCCAAGCCCGUCCGAAGUCUCUCUCAACCAUUACCCCAUCGGCCCACACUGCGCACCACAUCAUCCCUUCCUUCCAUGUCCGUGGAGGGAUUGCACUCCUCACCUCUACCUUCGGUCUCUUCAAGUAACUCUCUCCCAGCCUCACCACACUCCUCUAUCCCACUUUGCACAUAUUCCCACAAUGACAUGAGUGUGCCCUUUCGUACUGCACCGAUUCCCAGAAAACUGCCUCCACCGACCUCAGAACCCCCCCCUCUUCCUCCAGAAGCAUCAUUCUAUCGCCCGCAACCGAAGGCGCGAAGUACUGUUCCGACCGGUGCCACCAGCGUCAGUGAAAGUAGGCCGCAGCUUGCUUCGGAUGAAAUAGAGGGGUCAAUGUCGCUCGCAGAUAUGGCGCGCAAGGAGUGCCAGCGUUGGACCAGGUGUCAAGGCUAAUGAGUCAGGACUGUCAGCCCUAGAAGCAGCCGGAAGCUUUGGGCAACAUGGCAAUGAAGCGUCUUCAAGUGUACCCGAUGGCAAAACUAGUUCCCCGAGUCCACAGACGGGUUCCAGGAGACAUGCGAAUGCUCUCUUGCCCAAUUCGUCUCGUCCUCCACAAACUGCUCCA